AUGGAUCCCUACAGAAUCGAAACAAUCGAACGUGAAGAGAUAGCAGAAGCGAUUACUCGUGCUGUUCAACGUUCAUCCGACGAAUUAGCAAGUUAUUUAUAUGACAAGUACGUAUGUGCAUUACAGCGAAUAUUAAAUGGAAUAUGUUCAACAUCAAACCUAUUUCGCACCAAUCUAACGGAAGAUAAAUGCAAAAUAGAAACAACAGCACUGAUACUGCGUGUAUCACGGCCAAUUAUAAUUGCAACAAUUCGCUGGCCCCACGUCUUUAUCGAUAAUCGAAUCGAAGCAGCAACUGAAUUAACUCGUAUAGCACCAUUAAUUUCAUUUAAUCUCUGUGAAAAUCAAUUAUCGGCAUUAACAACAACAACCACACCAAUUAUAGGACAAUUAAUUACAAAAGUUCUAAACAUCGAUGGAAGUGGGGGUGGACUGUCAAUGGCGGCCGAAUCAAUUGGAAUUAUUUUUACCGUGGCAACAGCUUUGUUCCGCAGAUUUGUAUGA